AUGCGCAACCGGGUCGCUGAACGACUCGAAUUUCUCUGGGAGCGACUGGUGGCGGCUCCCCCUUCCAACCUGGUGGAUCACCAGAAUCAGCCCAUGUCCCAGCAAGAGCUCAGCCGGUACCCCAUUGCGGAGACCGCACAGCGAACAUUCAGCGACUAUGACCCUGCCGACGAACCGGAAGGAGGCCGGGAUCAGACGGAAGCUGUCUCUGCACGCGCCUACCAAAUACUUCUCUACCUCGACUGCUCCAUGUCUCAGCUCGGGGCCAGAGAAAACUUGCACGUCCACGACGGACUCCUUGGGCUGCGUCAGCUCGAUCCCAUCAGUCUUCCCAAUCCGUUCUUGCUAGGCGGUGGCUUGAACGGCGCAUACCCUACUAUUUAUGAUCAGUGGAUCGCCGAGAUCAUGCUCGAGCCGGAGAUGGUGGAGGGCCGCCGGAUUUAUCCCCAUGUCACCUUGGGCGUGGCUCAAUCACACAAUGGGACCGAGGAUUCAAUGUUAUUCGGAGAGCUGGCGCCGCUGAUCUCCGCCAUGCGAUGUUCGGGCCGUCCAGCCUCGAGUAGUUUGAGCAUGAGCAACACCGUUCUUCUCUUGUCGUUUCUGGGUCCUCAGAAUGGUCGGCAUUUCUACGCUUACAUGGAAGGGGCCCAGCUGGUGAUCGUACAGUCCCGGCUUGAUAGUUUUACUCGGACUCUUGUUGCCCUGCCACCAGCCACCGUCGGCUCAUUGCCCAUCCCCUCUCACUCCCGUCUUGCGUCAGCUCUAUGGCCGCCCGUCCCUGGACCAGGGAUGAGGGACUGGUGA